AUGAAAUCAGCAUGUCUCCAGACAAGCUACUUUCCUCAGGACCAUACCAGGGAGCAUAUAGCAGAGGCUCUGCAGGACGUCCUCUCUAGCUGGAAGCUCAACCCGGAAAAACUGGUGGCCGUAACUAUUGACAACGGUGCAAAUGUUGUUAAAGCGGUGCAACUCAACAAGUGGCUAAGGAUGCAGUGCUUUGGUCACAGACUUCAUCUGGCCAUUCGUCACCAACUGAUCACAGAGUCUGCCACACGCUGGGGAUCGGGGUUGGUAAUGAUAGAGAGGGUCCUGGUGCAAGAAAGAGCACUGGCUAAAGUCCUGUCCGCUGACAAGAAAACUAGACCUCUAGUCUUUAUCUGGCAGGACAUAGAGGUCCUGGAGGCCAUUCAGAAAGCUCUAAAACCUCUUCAGGACUUUACAGAUGCUCUCUCAGGAGAGGACUACGUGACCCUGUCGUAUGUCAGACCUGUACUUCACCUGUUCAACAAUCGUCUCAUGGCAUCUGAAGAAGGGGAUAGUGAGCUGUGUAAGUCCAUCAAGACCAAAGUUGUGGAUUACCUCAAUAACAAAUAUGCAGACCCAACUACCAGUGACCUGUUGGAUAUAGCCUCUCUUCUAGAUCCAAGAUUCAGGGCCAAAUACAUCUCAUGUGACAAAAUGGAUGCCCUGAAACGCAGAGUUAUUUUGGAGACUCAGUCUUUGCUGCAUGAUCAGGAUGAAUGUAUGCGCGAGCUGAAUGACCCAACAGAACAAGAAGGAGCAGCUGUGGCAGUACCACCUGAUCCAAAAAGAAAGAAAUCACUCGCAAGCUUCUUCAAAGAGAAGGCACGGUGGCACUGGUGGCAAACUCACACCGAGAGAGACAAUAGAACAUGA